AUGUCAGCAGAUCCCCCACAAAGCAAUGCCAUGACCGCGCGCAGCAACAGCUUUUCCCAGCAAUCGCAAGCAUCCGACGAUUCACAAACUGCAGCAGAGUUUCUUCGCGAUCAAGAGCUCCUUGAAGCAGAUGCGCGUGAAGCACUACCAUAUAGUAUAGAGAGCUGCACCAAGAUUCUCGGGCCGCUUCGACAAAAUGUCUUUGCCUGCCUAACAUGCAAUCCCGCUACCACAGACCUAUCCGAGUGGAAGCCCGCUGGCAUAUGCUAUGCUUGUUCCGUGCAAUGCCAUGGUGAGCACACACUGGUGGAGAUCUUUCAGAAACGAAACUUUACAUGUGACUGCGGCACCAAGAGGAUUCCGGCGACAAGUCCAUGCACCCGGCGAACGAACGAAGAGACCAACACAAAGGGCAACGUGCAUUCAGAGGAACCAGACGCCAACAACAAAUACAACCAGAACUUUCGCAAUAUUUUCUGCGGCUGUGAAUGCGACUAUGAUCCGUUUCAGCAAAAAGGCACAAUGUUCCAGUGUCUGGGACUGGGGACUCAUGAGUCGGGAGGGUGCGGCGAGGACUGGUACCACCCUGGGUGUCUGGUAGGGAUGGGUCCCAAGUGGUUCGAAAAGAUGGCGGCCAAGAGGAAGACGUCUGUGAAUGGGACGAACGGUGCUGCAUUGGCCACGAUUUCAGAGGGUAAUGAGGAUCAACCAGAUGCCCCAGUCAACAAUCCAGAUGUGGCCGUGGUAGACGACGAGGAAGAACCGCCCAUGCCGCCCGGGUUUCCCGAUGAAGACGACUUUGAGGGGUUCCUAUGUUACAAGUGUGUAGAUGCGAACCCCUGGAUCAAAUCCUACGCCGGUACAUCCUCGUUUUUACCCGCCGUCUUCCUCAAUCCGCCCAACAGCAAUGAAACGAAGCCAGAAGUCAAACAAGAAGAAUCCACGUCCAAGAAACGCAAGGCCGAGGAUGCAGAAGAAGAGGCAGUUGAACCAAAGCGCGUCAAGAGCGACACCGAAGCAGAGGGAUCGACCGAAGCCAAACCUGAUCCCACCACUGAAAACACAGACUCUGCCCCAAAAAGCACCAAGACAGACGACAGCCAGCUAGGCUGCAAACUACCCAACCUACCAACAGCCCCAAGCGGCCAAUUCUCACUCUUCUUCAAGGAAGGCUUCCGCGACCAACUAUGCCGCUGCUCCGACUGCUUCCGCAUCAUCAACCAGCACCCGCAACUCCUAGAAGAAGAGGAAGUCUAUGAGCCGCCCAUCUCGGAAGAAGGCGGCUCCGAGCACGGGGCAUCCACCCACGGCAGUGGCAGUCUCCUAGAGCGAGGCGAAAGCGCGCUCCGCAACGUAGAUCGCGUGCGGGCCAUUGAGGGUGUCAUGGCGUACAACCACCUCAAGGAGCGGCUGAAACCCUUCUUCCAGCAGUUUGCGGAGAGUGGCAAGGCGGUAGGGGCAGAGGACAUCAAGGCGUAUUUUGCGAAGCUGCGUGGUGAUGAGCAAGGUAUCAAGGAGGCGGGACAGGCGGCUGCGGAUUCAAAAGAUGGUGAGGGGGGUGGCGGUGGAAGACAGGAGCAGAGUGGAUAUUAA